AUGUCAAUUGCGAAAGAUAUCGCUACGGAAAAGGCCAGUGGAACUCCCCAUUCUGCUACUGAGAAGGUCCGUCGAAUUCUUCACUCAGCUGCCGACAAGGCUAAUGGAACCCUCCACUCCGCUACCGAGAAGACCCAGUCGGCCAAGCAGUCAACCUCCGUCCAGCGCUACAUCGUCGGUCCUGACGUCUACACCAAGGAGUGCUUCGUUUCGGAUCGACCAUGGCCUCUCGCUGCGUCAAGUCUGAGAUGCCGCUCGCUCGACUCAUUCUUUAUGUUGCCACGGUUCUCGUUGUUCUCGGAUUUCGAGGUGCACCCACUUACUCCUCGCUUGGCACUGCUGAGAAGCGCCUGGGUCGGACUGGUCUCGAUCCUGGCCACCCUUGUCAUCUCUCCUGCCUUCGGAUACACCCGCGUCCAUGCUUUUAGUUCUCGUGCCGAAAACGAGAAGCGCAGGGGAUCGGGUUCUGCAUCAGCCCCCGUCUCGGAUGAACGACCUAUGUCGUCGACUAUUGCGACGGGACCGUUUGAGGCGUACCGCAAGCAGCCAAGCAAGACGGGCACCGGUGGUGGCUGUCGUCAUCCCCGACAUGGGGCGAAUGCUGCCGUUGAAGCUGUUUCUGAGGCUCUUGCUGCUACCUAG